CCGCCAUCUUGGAUAUCUCAAGAUUAUCGGAUUUUUUUCACUGUUAACAUGUCAAUUGUGUUUAAGGACCCUAAAAGGCACCCAAAAACAUAAUUGUAGGUUAGUUCUGGGGGGGUGCAUGGGGGGUCCCCCAUACAUACUCAACUAUAUGGAAGAAGGUAAACGGAAGAAAAAGCUAACUGACAGCGCAAGGAAACGAUCGCAUGUAUCUGCAAACAAACAGUACAGGGCAAGAAAGGCGCUCAUUAGUGGGAACAUCAAGCUUCCAGUUUCCAUUAUGAACAGAUCAUCAGAUGGAAAACCAAAGCAUUGCAGCUCCGCAAGUCAAAUGCGGAUCUUGCAAAAACUUUGCUUGACUUGCACGAUAGCAGGUAUCUUGCAAGGUGGUCCAAGAACUCCAAAGACUAUGUCGCCAUCAAGAACAAAGUACCCAAGCAGUACACCUAUAUCCCGCUUUGAUGCAGAAAAUACUACGGAUGAGACUGGAGGAUACAGGCCGACUGAGUGUUCCCCCUGAGAGACGGGACGAUGACCCCAGGAGGAUUGCCCCUCGCCUCGCAACCAAGACUCCACCAAAGGUCGAGGACAUCUUGAAACGACGACACAUGUCACGCUUUUGAAUGAUGGCAGUCUGGUGGCAUGACUGUCUUUAAAUAUGUGUACUGCAUGCAUAUAAAGUUAAGUACUGAAAUAUGUACAAGGAGUCUUGAACCAAAAGUUCUGAAAUAUGUACACAAGGAGUCUGGAACCAAAAGUUCUGAAAUAUGUACACAAGGAGUCUGGAACCAAAAGUUCUGAAAUAUGUACACAAGGAGUCUGGAAACAUUUAUUUCAAGUUUCUUCUCAUUAUGUAAGCAGACUCAAUCUAUUUUGGGGAAAAUAAAGAAAAAAAAUUCAUAUUUUUUCCCAAAAGGUGAAUGCAUUGUCAAAUUUGAACUUAAAAAUCUGAUAGCGUUUUCAAGAAAUAAUAUAGACAGUGUAUUAAUCAAUUGAUGUACAAAAAGUACCAAAAAAAAUAAACAUUUUUCCGAGGCGAGGUCCAAAUGUUGAAUGUUUUCAUAACUUUUUGCAGUGAUCAAGUUAUUAAACUUUUAUUGAAAACACAGUUACUAAAGCUACUAGGCACUAUUGGUAAUUACUCAAUUACUUGUUAGAAUAAAAACUUAUUUGGUAAGGAGCAAUGGAGAGCUGUU